UAUCUAGUUUCUUUUUACAGAUACGGUGCUCCUGGGUCGCAACUAGUCACUGAGAUGUUUAAAAUAGAUUGGAACACGUAUUUAGCUAGUCGGAAAAAUGUGAUUGUCGCACAGAUCGAUGGCAGAGGAAGCGGAGGACAAGGCUAUAAAUUACUUCAUGAGGUUUAUUAUCGGCUAGGUUCCGUGGAAGUGGCUGACCAACUUGAAGUCACGGAAUACUUACGGGACUCGUUACACUUUGUGGAUAAACGAAGAGUCGCUGUUUGGGGAUGGAGUUACGGCGGUUUCGUUGCUGCUCUUGUCCUGGCUCAUCCGAAGCAAAACGUAUUUCAGUGCGGAAUAAGCGUCGCGCCUGUCGUCUCCUGGGAACUUUACGAUUCCGCGUACGCCGAGAGGUACAUGGGAUUACCAAACGUGACGUCCAACUACAAAGGCUAUGCCGAAUCCAACGUUUACGACAAAGUUGAAUAUCUACACGAUAAGAUGUUUUAUUUGGUACACGGAACUGCAGAUGACAACGUCCAAUUCCAACAGUCCAUGGCGCUUGCCCGUCAUCUCGCUAAAAAAGGCAUACUCUUUCGGCAGCAGGUCUAUCCGGAUGUAAGUCAUACUUUGGCGGGCGUUAAGGGACAUUUGUAUCUUUCGAUGGAGCAGUUCUUGGAGGAUUGCUUUCAAAAACAAGUACCUGUUGACACAAAAGCCGGACUCGGCAGUGGCGGCUCCGGUGGCGUGUAUUAAUAUUAAGAGAUAUAGAUAAAUAUUGCGUACAAAAAAAAUAUCCACACGAGUUGCAUAAAAUUGCGUAAAGAAAAAAAAGGAAAGAAAAAAUGAGGAAAAAUUGUGAAAAUCUAAACAUCUCCAAAUUGUGUUCCGUUUAAUAGAAUAUUUACAGAGGAUAUGCGUGUGGCCAAUCUUUUUGUAUUCCAACAUUCGAAAUUAUGGAACGAAAUGAGAAGUAUGUAUCAUCCCGUGCGCGACUUAUAAUGCUUUUACACCGGUUAAAAAAAAAGCACACAUCAAUCAUCCAAUCAAAUAAAUCGUCUGUGAAAAA